AUGGCGCUACUUAUGCUGGCGUUUUGGGUUGUUCUGCUGUGGGGGACCGGCUGGACGGCGUACUCGGGCUAUUGCUUAUACUGCAACUACCUCGAAGCCCGCACGCUGGGUGUUCCGAUCCGCAUGAUACCCAUCGACCACCUCAACAAGCUGUGGCUGCUCGUGGACAAACAAGUCGUGUCCCUGGUCCGGCGGCUCCCGGGGCCGCUGGGGAAGAAUAACUUUACGCGUUUCAACUACCGCGGCUGGCACGAAGAUGACGGGCUGCGCGCCCACGACGAGAUGGGCGACGCCUUUGUGCUGGUAACCCCGGCCCGCAACUGGUUCUACCUGGCGGAUCCUGACGCCUUGAUCGACAUGUACCGCCGGGGGAAGGACUUUCCUCGCUGGGUAGAGAUCACGAAAAUGCUGGACGUGUUUGGGGGACCGACCAUUGCCACCGCCUCGGGCGAGCAGUGGCGUAGGAUGCGCAAAAUAACCACUUCCUGCCUCAACGAGCAGUGCAACGCCGUGGUAUGGAGCGAGUCGGCAUCCAUCGGCGACACCAUGGCGCGGUAUUGGGCGAGGAAGGGUGUUUUUACCAGCACGGGCGAGGACUCGCGCACCGCGACGCUGCACAUUCUCUCCAAGGCCUGCUUCGGCCAGUCGUUCCCCUUCGAGGGCCAUGACGAGCGCCAGCCGACCAGCCCGUCAGCCAGCUUCCGCUUUUCGCUGCUGACCGUCAUGGAGAACGCGCUACUCAUCCUCGCCCUGACCCCGGAAUUCUUCACCCACCCAUGGCUGCCGCUGCCCGCGGCCUGGCGCCGCCUCGGCAAAGCCUGUGACGAAUUCCAAAGCCACAUGCGCUCCUUCUACCAACGCGAGCUGCGGGCUCUGAACGAAGGUGGCGGCAGCCGGAAGGCCGACUACACGCUCAUGGCGGCGCUGGUUCGCGGCUCGCAAGAGAAAGCCGAGGACAAGACCGAAGACGACCGGCGGUUCGCCAACCUCACCGAGGCCGAGAUCUACGGCAAUAUGUUCGUCUUUGCCUUUGCCGGCCACGACACCACCGCCCACCUGCUCACCUACGCCAUCAUCUUCCUCGCCGCGAACCCGCCCAUCCAAGCGUGGCUCGCCGCCGAACUCCAGCACGUCCUUGGCGACCGGCCCCGCGAGGAGUGGUCCUACCAGCGCGACUUCCCGCGCCUGCGCCGCUGCCUGGCCGUGCUGUACGAGACGCUGCGCGUCAAGACGCCCGCGUGCGAGGUCAAGUGGACCGAGGGCCGCGCGCAGACGCUGGAUGUGAAUGUCAAUGCCGGUAUGGGCGACGUGGGUGGCGUCGGCGGUGUGGAGAGGAGGGCGGUUGUCGUCCCGCCCCGCACGCUCAUCAUCCCCAGCUACCUGUACGUGCAGAAGCAUCCGCGGUACUGGGGGCCGGACGCGGCGGAGUGGCGGCCUGAGCGGUGGAUUGCGGCGAGGAGUGGCGGCGCCGUAGGGGAGGGAGCGCAUGCGGGUAUGGGGGGGUUGGGCGUUGCUGGGGUAGGAAGGGGGAAGGAGGAAGAAGGGCAUGGGGGGGUUGGCUACCAAGGGGAGGAGGUGCUGCUCCCGCCGCCGUCGAGGGGGAAUUACCUCGGCUGGUCGGAGGGGACGCGAGACUGCCCCGGGAAGCGCUUCUCGCACGUCGAGUGGGUGGCGUUGUUGGCGGCCAUGUUCCGGGACUGGAAGGUUGAGCUGCAGCCACAGGCGGGCGAGACGUUUGACGCCGCGCGGAAGCGUGUAUUAGACUUUGUUGAGGCGGACACGGGCUACGGGGGCUUGCUGCUACAGAUGAUGCAUCCGGAGCGGGUGCCGCUGGUCUGGAGUCGGAGGUGA